AUGUUAGAAAGAUCUUACCCGUCCUACCAUGCACAUAUCGCUAGCAAUCUCAAUUUAAUUGGAAAUGCUUUGAGGAAACAAAUGAAAUUUGAUCAAGCCUUGGAAAUAUAUAAUCGAGCAUUAAAAAUGCAAGAAGAUUAUUAUUCAUCUGAUGGUAUUGAAUUAGUUGACACAUUGAGGAACAUUAGCCACACUUUAUCUUCUCAACAAAAGGUGGAUGAAGCUCUUCUCUACUGUCAACGAACGUUAACAAUUCAACAGAAUAACUUGUCAUCAGAUCAUAUCAACAUUUCAUAUAGUUUCAAUAGUAUGGGACAUUUAAUGGAAAAGAAAAAAGAAUUUACUCAAGCAAUUCAAUUUCAUCAACAAGCACUAACAAUUCAACAGAAAUGUUUUCCAUUAGGUCAUUCUACGAUUAUUGCUACUCUUAAGUUUAUCGGUACACUUUUUACAAAUCAAUGUCAAUACGAUCAAGCUCUCGAGUAUUACAAGCAAGCACUCGACAUCAAUGAAAAAUGCUUUCCAUCUAAUCAUGUUCAAUUAGCUUCAAAUUUUAUUUCGAUUGGAUCUGUUCUAAGUACACAAGAAAAAUUCAGUGAAGCAUUAGAUUUUCAAAAUCGAGCAUUGGCAAUUCGAGAGAAAAAUUAUCCAUCAGAUCAUGUUUUUAUUGCGCAUACUCUUACUCAUAUUGCUCGUACUUUGUUCAAUCAAAAAACUUAUCAUCAAGCAUUAGAAUCGUAUCAACGAGCAAUAAAUAUUUAUGAAAAAUGUUAUCCAUCUGAUCAUACUGAUAUUAUUUCUAAUCUUAACAAUAUCGGUGAUGUUCUCUAUCGAUUAGACAAAUAUGAUGAAGCCUUAACAUAUCAUCAACAAGCAUUAGCAAUUCAAGAAAAACAAAAUGAAACUGCUCUUAUCGAUAUGGCUCGUACUCUUAAUCAUAUAGGAAAUAUUUAUAAUAGUCAAAAUAAAUUCGAUGAAUCUCUUCAUUUUUACCAUCGCGCAUUGGAAAUUCGAGAAACAUUAGAUUCAUUAAAUUAUCAAGCGAUUUCCACGAUGCUCUCUAAUAUUGCUGAUGUUUUAUACAAACAAAGAAACUACAUACAAGCAUUUGAUUACCAACAACGUGCAUUAAAUAUCCAAAAAACUAUUUAUUCACUGUCCGACGUUAGAAUUGCAGAAAGUCUUCAUUCUAUUGGUCAUACUCGAUACGGUCAGAAAAUGUUUGAUGAAUCUUUGGAUUUCUAUCAGCAAGCAUUAAAAAUCUAUGAAGAAAAUCAUGCAUCGAAUUUUGAAAAUGUUGCUCUUUCUUGUGAAUAUGUUGGUGCUUCUCUUAUCCAACUAGAAGAAUAUGAAGAAGGUUUAAAGUAUCUAUUUCGAGCACUGCAAAUUUUUGAAGAAAAUCCUUCGUCAGAUUGUGAACAACUUCCCAUAUGUUUGUGUACUAUUGGCAAUUCAUUACUUGAACAAGGAAAUCCUAACGAAGCUCUUCAUUAUCAUCAACGAGCACUUGCAAUUCGACAAGAACUUUAUUCAUCUGGCCAUAUGUAUAUUGGUACUAGUCUUGGUAGUAUAGGAAAUAUAUUUAGUAAUCAAGGCAAAUAUGAUGAAGCUUUUGAUAUGUAUGAACAAGCAUUAGUCAUCUAUGAGAAAUUCUGUUCAUCUGAAGAUCUGGAACUUCCAACUUGUUUGAGUAAUAUGGCUUCUCUUCUAAAUGAUCAACACAAAUAUGAUCAAGCACUUUCCUUUCAUUAUCGAGCAUUAGCAAUUCAAGAAAAACAUUUACCAUAUUCGUAUACAACCGUUGUAAAUGUUCUAAAGGAUAUUGGUCAGGUAAAAGUUAAACAAAGCAAUUUUGAUGGAGCUCAUGAUGAUUUCUCUCGAGCAGUAGCUUUACUUCAACAAUAUGAUCCACUUAAUCACUCUCAGCUUGUCAAUGACCUCGAAUGGAUUGUAUCUGUUUGGAAAAACAAACGAUAUUAUCAUCGUGCUAUUGAAUAUCUUCAACAAUGUUUACACAUCAAAGAAGCUAGUCUCUCUCCAGAACAUUUAUCCAUUUCAGCUACUCUUUUAGAUCUUGCUAAAGUUCAUCGAACUCGACAUGAAUAUCAAUUAUCAUUAAUAUAUGAUAUGAAAUAUUAUUCAAUUAUUGAAAAAGUUUUCUCACCAGAUCAUAAAGCUAUUAUUGACAGUUUAUCAAAUAUCACUGAAUGUUAUGAACAUCUUAAUGAACUUCAAAUAGCUUUAAAAUAUUAUCAACAAAUACUAACGAUCUAA